GAAAGAAAAAGAAAGAGGGGGCCAUAUUUGCCUAAAUCUAGUCACGCUCACAGGAGGCAACGCGUCCACAGUCUUUCACGAAUUUCAGGUGCUUAAUCACACACACAACCUCUGCUUCCGCCCAAUCUCUCUCUCUCUCUCUCUCUCUCUCUCUCGCGUCACAAAACAAGGGAUUGGAGCUUCUGAUUCUCUUCAAUUCCCCUCGCCACGUCCCCGUUAAUUUGCUUCCACCGAUCUCCAACAAAUUCCAAGCCUAGGGUUUCUAUCUUUCUCAAGAUCUGUGCCUUUUCUUUCUCUUUUUGUUUUCCCGUUUGAUAUUGAUAUGUGUUGCCGCGAAUUGGCUUUGGAAUGCGGGACAAGAAGUGUUUUCAGGAUCUGAAGGUGGCGUUCGAUUCCUUUGGUUUUAUUUGGAUGAGAGAUUGAGUUUGCCUCGGGUUGUGGUUGGCGAUGGAUGCGGAUUUCAACGGGGAUGUGGCGUGUCUCGACGCCGAACUGUUGCAGCUCCCGGAGGUCUCUCCUCUGGCGCUUAAAUCAAACCCUGUCGUCGCCCAGAAGCUCUUUGAUCAAUGGCUUUCGCUUCCCGACACUGCUUCGUUGGUGAGAUCAUUGCUCAACAAUGCAAAGACAGGGGCUCCCUUAAAUGCUCCUGGAACAUCUUCAAGCCCAAAUGCUGCUUCAAGUAAUUCAUUGCCCUCCAUGUUUCCAGCUGGUAGCACGCCUCCACUUUCUCCUAGAAGCUCAUCUGGUUCUCCUCGGGUUGCGAAACAGCGAGUGGGCCCAUCUACUUUAGGUUCUCCUCUAAAAGUAGUGAGUGAAGCAGUAAAAGAGUUGAUACCCCAGUUCUACUUUCAAAAUGGCCGUCCGCCUCCAAAUGAACUGAAAGAAAGAUGCUUGUUUGGAACCAAUCAAUUUUUUUAUGGUCACACAGAUGGAAUACAAAUCCAUGAAUUUAAACAAGUUACAAAGGAAAUCUGCAAGCUCCCAUCAUUCUUCUCCACUGCAUUAUUCAAAAAGAUUGACAGCGAUGGUAAAGGAGUUGUCACUAGGGAUGCUUUUGUUGGUUACUGGGUGCAUGGCAACAUGUUGACAAAGGAUGUAGCAACACAGAUAUUUACUAUCCUAAAGAAGCCAGAUCUAAAAUACCUCACUCAGGAAGACUUUAAACCACUGCUCCGAGAACUUUUGGCUACUCAUCCAGGGUUGGAGUUCCUGCAGAGCACACCUGAAUUUCAAGAGAGAUAUGCUGAAACUGUAAUAUACAGAAUUUUUUACUACAUGAAUAGAUCGGGUAAUGGCCAGCUUACCUUCAGGGAGCUGAAGCGUGGAGAUCUAAUUGCUGCAAUGCAACAUGCAGAUGAAGAGGAAGACAUCAACAAAGUUUUAAGAUAUUUCUCUUAUGAACACUUCUAUGUGAUAUACUGCAAGUUUUGGGAGCUGGAUACUGAUCAUGAUUUCUUGAUUGACAAAGAGAACCUUAUUAGAUAUGGUAACCAUGCUCUUACCUACAGGAUUGUUGACAGAAUAUUUUCUGAGGUUGCAAGAAAGUUUACCAGUAAGGUUGAGGGCAAGAUGGGUUAUGAGGAUUUUGUUUACUUCAUACUUGCCGAAGAGGAUAAAUCAUCCGAGCCUAGUCUUGAGUACUGGUUCAAGUGCAUAGAUUUGGAUGGAAAUGGGAUUUUGACAAGGAAUGAGAUGCAGUUCUUUUAUGAGGAGCAGCUGCACCGUAUGGAAUGCAUGGCCCAAGAGCCUGUGCUCUUUGAGGAUAUUUUGUGCCAGAUAGUGGACAUGAUUGGACCAGAGAAUGAGAGCUAUUUUACACUUCGGGACUUGAAAGGCAGUAAACUUUCUGGAAGUGUUUUCAAUAUCCUUUUCAAUCUUAACAAGUUUAUGGCCUUUGAAACUCGUGACCCCUUUCUAAUUCGUCAGGAGCGGGAGAAUCCAAACUUGACGGAGUGGGAUCGUUUUGCCCAUAGGGAAUAUAUUAGGCUUUCAAUGGAAGAAGAUGCAGAAGAUGCCUCCAAUGGAAGUGGAGAUGUUUGGGAUGAAUCACUUGAGGCCCCCUUUUGAGUUCUAGUUGCAGAUGGAGGUGCAGCUGUGGAGAAUUAUAUUAAUCCUACCUACUGAAGGUUGGUAUGGUUGUAGUAGAUUUAGAGAGCCUUCAGCAUUGGCAGGUAGAUUAGCUAUGGCUUCUUUGGAUGUUUUGGCCCCCCAUCUAAGGUGGCUUUCUUUGCCUGAUCAGCUGGCAAGACCAUCGUAAGAGAGGGAAGUGCAGUGGUUAUUACCUUUCUUUCAUUGCCUCUGUGAUAGAGCUUCAUUGAAUGAUGUGCUACUCUGUAGAGAAGGAAUUGCCCUGGGAUGCUCAAGGUGUUGAGAAGCUGCCCUGUUAUGUGUAUUUCUGGUAUAUGUGGAGGGAGAGGCACAUGAGGAUCUUCUCUGAUAAGGGGGUUCCCAUGCACUAUUUGAUAGACAAUUCAUGUUUAUUUAUUUUUUUUCCUGGUGGAUUGUUUUCCUCUUUCUCUAGUAUCUUCUGUUGAAAUUUUGGGAUUGUAGUCUUGGUUGAGGUGUAAGGUUUCUGUGCUUUGUUAAUGUUCCUUUCACUUAAAUUUUACUUCCUGAAACACAAAAGAAUGAACAAAGAAAUAAUGCAAAAUAGAGAAAUUGUAGAUUAGUAAAUGCAGUUUGAAACUAAUAAAUGAAGUGUUACAUGGCUAACAUUGCUCAAUAAAUGACAUGUUACAUGAAUAACACGGUUAAGACAUUCAUACCAAGACGUAUGUCUACCUGGACUAGGGAAAUGUUUAUCUAAACUCAUUUGGUAAUUC